CGGACUUGUUCCACUAUAGUGCUUUUUUGUUUUGAUGUAUUAAAACGUAAGUGAAGUGAAUUCAUCAUCUGUGUAUUCAAUAACGUUUCCAAAGUGUAAAAAUACAAUUGCAAAACAGCCGGAUUUAGGUCUGCAUUAUUCUAAGCAAGUACACAGUUCUACCAUUAUACAAUUAGAUGCUUCCAUCAUGUCCACUGAACAAGAACCAGUUCAAGCGCCUGUCAUGUUUGACAUAACCGAAGAAACAAGUGAUAGUGGUACAACUGAGUGUGAAGCUAAGGAGGCGGUUAUCGAAAGCGACCUCGCCAUCGGGCAAAUGAAUGUUGAUAAUGUAUCGGCUAUUGACAGCAGUCAGAUUAUGACAAUUGAAAGUGACAGUCCUGAAGAUGUAAGUGCCAUAACACAACAAGUCGACAGUGAAACAAUCGCAAAUGACAUACCUAACGAAGAACAAGAUGCAGGUACUUCAAAACCGAGUAGAGAACUGAAAUUAUUAUUGGCUUUGUCGAAAGAGGCCAACCUCGAUACCAACAUAGCUCAUAAAAGAAAAAGUGUGGAGCCUCUUGGAAGGUCAGAGAUAACGAAUAAACGACGACAUUCCACCGGUUCAAGUAAUGACAGUACUGCAAUGCCGGACGAACCACAUCCUGAGAAGAAGACUGAUGUCGAUGAAAUUGGGACAGAUGAAGCCAAUUCCAGUGCUUUAGUCAGUAAGGAUGGAAAAUCAAGGGAAGGAAAAAGAGUUGUAGAGGGCGCUGUGGAUGAAAAUGGAGUCAGAAAUAAAAAAUUAUCCAAUACUUUUGUCACAUUCAAUAAUGAGAAAAAGGAUUCCUUCUGCUGGCAGUGCCAUCAUUCGGGCUCGAAUUUUUUUUGCAAAUCGUGCCCGCGGUCGUUCCAUCAGAAGUGUUUGAAGCAGAAUGUCGCACAGCCGAAUCAUUGGCUAUGUCCGGAAUGUGUGACCAUCAUGCAAGCGGAAAAUUUGAAACAAAGGUCAUCAGCGAUGCGCAAUAUGACUUUAGUACACUUAUGUGGGUUGCUCAAAUUCGCACUGAGGCGCAUGCUCGAAGUCGCAGGGUGUGAACCAUUUAUACACGCAGUAAACGAUGAAGACUUUCCCGACUACAAAAUGUAUAUUAUAUGUCCUAUGGAUGUAACGCGUUUAGAAAAGAGUAUCAAGAAGAAUUUAUACGGCAGUCCCCAAGCUUUUGAGGCAGACGCCAAAUGGAUUUUACACAACAGUAUUAUUUUUAAUUCCUAUCAGUCUAAAUUGACGUCGAUCGCAAAAAGCAUGCUAAAAAUUUGCAAGCAGGAAAUGCUGGAAAUUGAGAAUUGCGCCACCUGCUAUUUAAACGCCAAUACUAAAAAGAAGACUUGGUUUGUCGAGGUGUGUCCCAAACCCCACAUACCUGUUUGGGCAAAGCUUAAAGGUUUCCCUUAUUGGCCUGCCAAAGCCAUGAAGUGCAAUCCAAGUGGAAUGGUCGAUGUGCGAUUUUUCGGUGCUCAUGAUCGUGCAUGGGUCCAUUAUAAGGAAUGUUUCCUAUUUUCGCUUAAAGAUCCUAAUUCAAAUAAGCAAAAGAAGAAUGAUAUAUUAGAGAGCGUUAAGGAGUUGCAACUCUACGUGGAUAAUUUGAAAAAGGUUUACGGUGAAUUCCGAUACGCUGAUUAUCGUGUACAACUCGAACCGGAAAGUUUUGAGAUUCAACUGAAACUAAUGCUACCUACCUAUCCGAAUAUAACACGAGCUAGAAAAUCCAUAUACAAAAUUCCAAAAACCAACGGUACCACUCCUGUUAUAACUGAAGAACCCGAGAAAGAAAAUGAAGUUGGUGAACUAAAUAUUAAGAAACUGUUCAAGUCUGAUGGAUCUAGCGAAGAAGAUAAUGUCAGCCUGGAUAUGUUUAUGAAGAAGAGUGGCGAUUCCUUAAAUAGUCAUAAAGCCACGGACAGUCCGUUGCGUGGUGGUUCCGUAAGAAUGAGAGGAGGAAUCACAAACACUUCUGGGAAAAUCAAAAUCCUUCCCAAAUUGACUCCUGAAUCUAACAUUAAAAAAAGACUGUCAACAGAAGAAUUGGGUACUCCCCCAAAGCUACCUCGCAUCAACAGUGAUACACCUUCAGAUAGUAUAGAGAUGCUCAGCGAACUUGAUGCCACCAACACUACAAUGGAAAGCGAUGUAGAUACUUCUUCGCCUCAGCGUCACGCUACCGGCGUAGCGGGCGAAAAUUUGGAAGAUACAUCGCCCAGCCAAACUGUAGCCAAAAUCAGCGAUCGGCUAAUGAAAAAGCUUACCGGAUCAGAAAAAGUGCCAACUGAUAGCCCACCCACUCCGACAAAACGCACGACCGAAACCGAUAUUUUCCUGGAAACGUUCAAAACCAAAGGUCUCACAAUGUUGGAGAAGAUCACCGAGUUAUCUGCGGAUACUGAGAUUUUCGAGACCGGCCAGGACGACCCCAAAGAAAGCAAUGAUGGUGGAGAAUUUACCAAACAAGAGCAAUGCGACGAUUUACUUUGCACCGAAGUCGAUUUGGAGGAGAAACACAAUCUACUUUUACACGACGACUCAUUUGCGUCUAGCAGCGUUAACGCAGAAGAUGUUCCUGUACGGGAUAUUAAUUCACAUUCAACAGAAGCUCACAUGAAUUUGGACAAACGAGAUAAACAUGUGGAGGAUUGUACGGAAAGUGCCAGUUCAGAAAAAGAAACCGACUGCAACAAUGAUAAUGUGAUACAUACUCGUUCACCCAGUCCACCUGAUAACAAUUUGAAUAACCGGAAUGAAGUUGUAACUUCACCACAAAAUACUGAACAACUAACUGAAACGUUUUCAGAUGGACCUCCUCAAUUAAGUGAGAAUACAGAAGACGAUUCAGGAGUCAGUAUAUUAAAUAACGGUACUAGUGAAUCUGAAAUAAGUACCUUGCAAAGGAACAUGCUCACAGUGGUCAGUGUAGAGGAAAUAAAGAAAAAAAAUUUAGAUGCAAGGCGACUUUCAGGAUCUCAACCGACACCCAAGUCGAUACUAGAAAAUCGGUUGUCUAAUAAUUGUCAAGAUAGCACCAAAAGUAAUAAGGAUAAUGGUAGUGGUGAAACUGAAACUGUCGUCAUUAAAAGUGAACCGUCAUCAGAAGACGAACCUAGCGAUAGUGAGUAUUUAGAAAAAAAAAGAAAGUACUUAUCCGCUUUAAACAUAUCAGAAAAGCUACCAGAGAAGCCGAAAGUACACAAAAUUCGAACUCGUUCAAAAACAGAAGAGAGGGCGACUUUUAAGAUUGUGGAUAACUUAUCCAAGGUGAUCGACGACGUCGCAACUCACUACAGUAUCAAGCACGCUAAUGAGGCAAUUACGGUUCCGGAAACGCCGAAAAGGAAGGAGAUAUUUAUAAAACCCCUAUCUUCGCUGCAAGAACUGAAACAGAGAGCGAGAAAAAGUUUUCCCACUCCUAAAAAUACACAGUCUCCAAAAAACGAGACUUUGAAGCUUUGCAAAUCCAUCAUUACUCCUGUUUUUAGUGUCAAACCUCCGCCUCAAAAGCUCACCGUAAUUAGCAAACCGUCUGACACCAGUAAUUGCACCAAAGUGAUAUUAACAACCUCCUCAGCCAACAGUAUACUACCACCAAAUCAACCGAUAACCUACACACCAAGUCAAUUAACACCCUUACUAAGUAUGAUCCAAAGUACAAGCUCCUCCGGGGUACUCCUGCCCCCUCUAUCCUUCACCUAUGCCAAAACCGCAGAAUCUCAACCGACUAAUCCAACAUCCCUAUCAGCUUCUGUGAUGACAACCGCGAAAACGGUCACAAGCUCGAACAUUGUUACAAGAACCAUCGCGACAACCCCGAUCGUUGCCAGUUCCACGGGUAGCAACGAUCAGACCAACGCCAUCAUGGAAGAAGUUCGCAUAGUGUCGUCUGCGGUACCCGAGAAUGUAUCGAAAGCAAUAAACGAAAUUAUGCUAGGCGUACCUCCAAAACUAAAACCGAGACCGCCGGGUCCGCUCAGUACACAUUUCGAUGAUGGCGUUCCUAGUUCUGCGGGGGUGGUUACAAGUAAAGUCAACUCAAUUUCGCACAGACUGAACGAUUAUUUCCGUGGAAUGCUAGUUGAACUACUGCACGAGGCUGGAACCGUCGCAAAUCCAGAGGCCGAAAUCACACGUUUAAAAUUAGAAAACGAAGAACUGAAGCACAAGCACAGCGAGGAAAUAUUAGAAAUUAAGAAAAACAUAAGUUCAAUAUUAAAAGAUAUGCAAAAAAGUCUGACCGAUGAAAAGGAACGCACGAUCGAAGAGACACGCGCGACCUGCGAAAUUGAAACGCUAAAACGGGUCGAAGAUGCGAAAUCCAAGCAAUGGUGCGCGUGCUGUUCGAAAGAAGCGCAGUUUUAUUGCUGUUGGAAUACCAGCUAUUGCGACUAUCCGUGUCAACAAAAACAUUGGUCCGCGCACAUGUCGAAGUGUACACAGCAGAUUCAAAGUGGGCAGUUACAAAGUUCAGGUACAUCGUCAGGCACGACCAAAGCUACAAAUCCUUUGGUGCUUCGACCGACGUCGGCUCCGAAAGGAUUCAAAGCGAAGACCAUAAUUGGCAAACCCGGCAAAGUACUUGUUAAUAGACCCACGUCAGUAAAUAAAGUUCCAUUCACGUUUGCUAGGACGACGGGUAACCAUAUUACUUUAGUGGAAUCCACUCCGGGAAAUUACGAAUUGCUUGGUAGUGGGGGCCCGAUAUCGGUGGGCGGAAAAAUCAUCGCAAACUUUGGAAAGAAACUGACCGGCAGUGUUUUAGCUGUAACAUCUACCGCAAACUCGAAUUUGGAUUUAGCGACUGUGAAGAAAAUUACAGUAAAUCCAGCACAGACCCUGCCGGUUGCAAACAAACCAACAGUCAUUGACUGAGUUGUAUAAAGUUUUCUACCGCGGACAUUUGUUACAUGAUGUAUAUAGUAAAAAUAACUUAGAUUACUGUUUCGUAAGUUUUAAGUUCAAAAUACAGUGAUCACUUCUUUUGAAUUUUUCAUAACUUUAAUCACUGAAAUUUUUCAAUUAUAACAGGUUACUUGUUAUUGUACAGAGACUUGACUUUUUUGUUUAUUUUUAUUUACAUAUUGAUAUUAUAGACUUUUUAAAAUAAAAACCUACGUUUCCUCUUUAAUAUUUGAAAUUACAAGAUGACUCAUUAUUUCCAUCAUAAGUAUUGUCAAAAAGACAUUAAAAGAAAACAGAAAAAAAGUCGCAUCCUGCACAUUUCCAUGGCCUACAUGGUUAGCACAAAAGAACUUUAUCCAGUACAGUAAAACCUUGUUUUAAAAACACUGUCAGUUUCUGUUAACCAUAAUGAAUGCCGAGUAGCAUACGUGAAUAUGUCUGUCAUGCAAUAAAACGAUCUGAUUUUCUAUUA